AUGGUACGUUGGAGCGGGGCGAAGUUCAAUGCUGUGCCAACCGAUAGCAAAUGCAAAGACGGCAUCCGCCCCGUGGACAGCAUACGACUCGACCGACAGACGUUGGUGACGCUGACGUGCUUAACGAGGGAGUCGCGGCAGCUAGCGUGCCAGUUGAAGGAUCCCGUCGACGUCAAUGUUGGGACGGCAACGCAAGAGCAUCAAAUUCAGCGCGCACAACACAUCGUCGUCGUUUGCGAGGAGGCCGAGAAGGAGGGCAAGCUAGUCACCCUGCUGAAGGGAAUUCUUCAGGACGAGAGCGACAGGGCCGUUGUAUUUGUCGAGAUGAAGCAAAGGGUAGAAGACCUCGUGUCGACCUUGCACAGUCAGGGUUGCCCUGCCGUCGGCAUUCACGGGAACAAAACGGAGCAAAAACACCAGUGGGCGUUGGACGCCCUGCGGUCAGACAAGGCACCCGUCUUAUAG